CCUGCCUCCCUUAUUAUGAUUGGACAGAGACUAUGCCAGUUCCAAAGUGAUUCCACCAGAAGACGCCAAUCGUAGCUAGUCAGGUUUAGGUUAGUAUGUGUUUGAGCUGGACAGAAAAUGAUCGGAGAUAUCCUUCUUUUUGGGACCUUGCUCAUGAAUGCAGGAGCAGUCCUUAAUUUUAAACUGAAGAAGAAAGAUACACAAGGGUUUGGUGAUGAAAGCAGAGGGCCCACUACAGGUGACAACAUCCGGGAGUUUUUAUUGAGUCUCCGAUAUUUCCGAGUCUUCAUCGCCUUGUGGAACAUCUUCAUGAUGUUUUGCAUGAUACUGUUAUUUGGAUCGUAAGAAGCAGAGGAACAGAAAACAUCAAACUAACCACGUAGAUCAUUCUUUAAGCAACACAUGUUUUUUAUUCUUGAGUAUUUAUGGACAUGGGGCUAGUUAAAGUUUUACCAGCAUUUGUUGGGAUUGAUAUCAUUUUCACUUGGGAUCUGUUGUAGAAAAUUGUUCAAAAUUUCUGGUUAAAUUUGAAUCUACAUCGAAAGCUGUUGAAUGUGUGAUCAUGGAAUUUGAAAAGCAGAGUGUAUGGGACCAAUGUAUAGUUUUCAUUAAAACACAUCUACCAACACUUGUGUCUAAAGCAGUGGAUUCAUACUUCUUCCCAAUGGUACAUAUAGAUUCCAUAAAUAGAAAUCUCAAAUUACCUACAAAUUAAAGCUGGCAUUCAGAUUGAUUAUGUAAAGCUGAUAUUAAAAAUGUUUCAUAUCUAA